ACAAGCUCUGGAGCGAGAUGCACUGCUACGUGUGUACGGCGCCUUGGCUAGAAUGACGAGUGGUCUACGUGAAACAUACGUCGCCAUUUCUGGGCCCGCCGCGUUUCUGUGCCUGGCCCUAAGGGAACGAACCGUCUGGGGAGACGGAGCCAGCCCUCUGGGAAGGGUAUCAAAUGUCUCACGCCAUUACCGACAUGACGCCUCUCUUCCGCCUCACCCCAAGAAAUAAGAAGAACGCCCAACCAACUCGCGGCAUGGCAACAACGGUGACGGGGCUUGCUGAUGAGGAGCUUGCCGUGCCGUCCUUGUUUGGUUGCGCGGCGUCGUCGUAUAAGUUCCACUGCCGUCCCCCCUGCCAAGUCGAUGGUGCGCAGAUCAAAUCUCUUGGUAUUGGGACAACUGACGCUACGGGGUUCGGAUCAUCAGCGCUUGGCAUCGAGAGAGAGACCUUCGGGAGCGAAGACAUCGGGCGGAUCGGGUCCUUGGCGUCUGCGGAUGAGAAACACGGCCUCUUGCCGCCAACGAUGCCUUCCUCGCUCCUCCUCGCCCCCCCUUCCCAUCGAUCCUCGCCCGUAUACGGCCACCGAUGGCGCUGGUGGAUGGAGGCUUGCGCUGCCCAGAAGAGCAAGGUGUGGUGCUGGAUCGAUCCGGAUGCCUGCCGGAAUGCAGCUAUAUUUAUCUGCUUGGCUCCCCUACCUUCCAUUACGCGCGCCUCGCAGGCAGGCAGGAGGAUCGCGGGGAUUUGCUGCGACGAGUAUGCACAUCAGCUCGAAGGAUUCGCUGGGCGUGGGUGCGAUGCUCGUGUCUCCUGACGAGGCGGCCUGCCACAACGGGUCCCACCCCAGAUACCAAACUGCCGUUCGUCGAGACAGAUCUUUCCCACGCCAAGCCUGCGUGCAACACACUCCAAGGCCGAAAGGAUACAGACAUGUUGCAUAUUUCGCCGGGUUCUCCUAGUAUGCAUUCCCAGCGUCCCGCUGGCUCGGCCACAGAGAUACUGUGCAAAAAAUGCGAAGAAUGCACAUACGCCAAGCCUCCAAACCUGGCUGCUCCUAUGACCAGGUGACGUGUUCUCUGUGUCCACUUCUCUCUCAGAUGGGGAGUGAGUGUAUUCGGCGUCGCCAGCUCGCAGUUCCCUUGCCAUCGCUCACCCAUGCCCGGCUACGUGGUAACUCGCGGAUACUGAUGUCAAAUCUAAGAUGGCUCUGCUGUAGGGGGGGCCCGAUGCGUGCAAGGUCCCUCACCUCAGCCUCUCCCGGUCCGGCCGCUCCCAUGCGCCACGUACCCUCCAUCUCAUGUCCUGUGGUUGCCAGCUCGGUACAUAAACCCCUCAGGGAUCA